GGUUCCUGUUUCCGGUCUGUGAUGAUUCGAUCAGUGAGGAAAUUCAAUCAGAAAACUGCGAACUUUGAUCGAUUUAUAGAAAACAAAAGGUUGAUAUAACCUUCGCCUGGAUCUGACCAAUCAUAGUGAGGCUCUCUCUGUGACGUCACUUCUGUGCUUCCGGGACGACGGUGACAGAGUUCAGUUCGUCAAAGAUAAUCGGAGCGCACGGAUAGACAAUGCUGUGUGUUGUGGUGUGUGUGCUCGUCCUCUCCGGUCUCGUGCACGGUGGAGCAGCUCACCUCCACCGACGCUUUGAGAAACCACAUCUGCAGCUGGACCCUGAAGUGCACAUGAACAUAACAGAGAUCAUCCGGCGCUGGAGCUACCCGGCCGAGGAGCACGAGGUUCUGACGGAGGACGGGUUCAUCCUGAUGGUGAACAGGAUCCCCAGCGGACGGACACACACUGCAGGCCCGAGGCCGGCGGUCUUGCUCCAACAUGGCCUCCUCGCCGCCGGCAGCAACUGGAUCACCAACCCGCCAAACUCCAGUCUGGGAUACGUGCUGGCGGACGCCGGGUACGACGUGUGGCUCGGGAACAGCCGAGGGAACACGUGGUCCAGGAAACACCGGACGCUCACACCAGACCAGGACGAGUUCUGGAGGUUCAGUCAUGAUGAAAUGGCUCUGAAGGAUCUUCCCGCCGUUGUAAACUACAUCCUGAAGGUGACGGGACAAGAACAGAUCUACUACAUCGGACACUCUCAGGGAACCACGAUAGCGUUCAUGGCGUUCUCCACGCUCCCUGAACUGGCGAGUAAGAUCAAGCUGUUCUUCGGUUUGGCUCCCGUGGCGACGGUGGCGUUCACCAGGAGCCCGAUGACCAAACUGUCCGUCCUGCCGGAGCCGCUCAUCUGGGCGCUGUUCGGCAGUAGGAACUUCCUGCCUCAGAGUCACCUGAUCGAGUGGUUCGCUGAGCACGUGUGUGGGAAGCAGCCGCUCAGCGAGCUGUGUGGAAACCUCUUCUUCGUCCUCUGUGGCUUCGACGAGAAAAACCUCAACAUGACUCGGACUCCGGUUUACACAACACACUGUCCUGCUGGGACGUCCGUCCAGAACAUGGUGCACUGGGCCCAGCACAUCCAUGGAGGGAAACUCACAGCGUUUGACUUCGGCUCUGAAGGAAACAAGAGACACUACAACCAGUCCACUCCCCCUCAGUACAACGUCCAGGACAUGAAGGUUCCCACCGCUCUGUUUUCAGGGGGACAGGAUACACUGGCGGACCCCAAAGAUGUCGCUGUCCUCGUCACGCAGGUGUCUAACUUGAUCUACCAUCAGCACAUCGAACACUGGGAACAUCUGGAUUUCAUUUGGGGUCUAGAUGCUCCUGAACAGAUGUUUCCCUCCAUCCUGAGGCUGCUGAAGGAGCACCACUAGAGGGCGCCAUGAGGACACUGGUUUCUGUUUAAAGCUUCACCCCCCACAGCAGAACCACAACAACUCUUUUGAUUCAAACUGAACUUUUUGUCAAUUAACAUGUUAAUUUCUGUUCCUGUGACAUCAUCAACCUGGUCUGUGAGGUCACAGAGUUGUGCACGUGACCACAACAGAACGCCAUCAUGUGAGACGUGUGCAGCACCAACCAGAGACAGUUUAAUAUAAAAUGCUUUUAUUUUGACGGGACAUGUUGCAUAUGACUCUGUACUGUGAAGUUGUAACUUGAGUCUGAUUUCACAAGUUAACGUUUAGAUUUUUUAACAUAAAACCAUUUAAUCUGAAUCAGUUUUAAUAAAACAAUUUUAAUGCAA